CGCCACUCUCUGGUCACACGAACACUGUAUCCAACGUCGCACUUACUUUUUGGCGCCCAGCGCCCAGCCUAUCCUACUCAACCUAUCUAGCCUAUCUACGUUCUCGCAACUGGAUCACUCUGAAGUCGAAGACCAAUGUACGUGACAUCAACACCAAUGUCGACCUCCAACAUACACCAGGUGUUGGGCAUCUGGGUCUGGAUUGCAAGGACUGUGGUUGCGAAAGCUUCCGUCGGCCGUGGUAAUCUGGCUGGAACAAAGGGUAGGAUUCUGGAACCUUUACUAAGUUGUUCACCGAUCACCACGGUUGACACGCGUGCAGGAAAGAGCACUUCCCCUUAUACCGCGGAAGAAGAGGCAAAGGCCGCAGCCAUCCUAAAAGAGAGAAAAGAGAGGAAGGAGGCCAAAAAGAAGGCCUUGAUGGAGGAACAGGCGGCGAAGAUGAAGACGAUGGAGGAGGAGAUGGCUAGAGAGAAAGAGAGGUUGAAGAAAGAAGAAGAGGAGAAGUUAAAAGCGGUAGAAGAGGAGGAAGAGAUAGAAGAAGAAGAGCCACUGGAAAGGAGAAGAAGGGAGCAAAGAGGGGAAUCCAAUGGAACAAGAGAUGACCAACUGGAGAAGAAGAUUACAGAGUGGGUUGCGAAUUUAUCCCUGGGAGAAGAGGAAGAGGCGUUGAUGUAUGUACCCAGGGAAGAACAGGAGGCAGUCGUGAAGGAGUGGGAGGCAGAAGAAGACCCCCUCAAGCGACAGGCCAUGGAGGAUGAGACAAGGAUGGAGUGGAAGCUACGGCUCAUGUGGGAGAGAAAAAGGAGAAUGGAAGUAGUGAGCCAGGCGGCAAAGGAGUUGGAGGAAGUGAAAAAGCAUAAAGAUCAGAUGGCAAUAGAGGCGGACCUUCUGGGUAAGGUGGGAAUCAUGGCAAGGAAUAUCGAACGCUUGACAGCGGCUCAAGAAGAGCAAUACCAGUUUAUUAGAAGUCAGGACAUUGCCCUGCGUUCGAUACGAUUGGGAUUCAAGGAGUUUGCAAGGGAGUUAGUGAUGCAGGUGGGCUCAGAAGUGAAGGCUCGCCUGGAAAACACGGAGCGUCAUUGCACCGUCACCGUAGAGGGCGCCAGGUACCUAGGGUCGACAAACUUAUAUGGGGAGAUUCCAGACAUGUUCAGUAACCUCCAAUUUCUAAGGAUUUUGAGCCUGCAGAACAACCACCUUACUGGGAGAAUUCCACCUUCACUGGGCGCUCUUGCUGAACAUGGAGCUCUGGCAACAGUGGACCUUCAGCGGAACAACCUCAGUGGAUACCUUCCAACGUCCCUUGGAACCUUGGCGGGAGUCCAGGUGUCGCCAGGGAAUGAAAAUCUUUGCAAUGAUGAAGUGGCAGGUCGACGCAAAUGCCCGCCCGGAACAGACAUGCCUCCUGGUGCAAGCACGCGUGUUGCAGGGCAAGAAUCAGGCUCGUCAACCAAUCAAAGGACAUUAGUGGCCAUUGUGGUUUCAAUUGUUGUGGCUUGCGCUAUACUGGGAACCCUGGCAUGGUGGUGCUUCCAUGUUCGACACAACCUGAAUUUCACGCCCUUCCUCAGAGGUUACUCAAAAACUGGAAGGGCUCCACAGAGUGGAUCUUCAGAGGCACGCCGUUUCAAGACAAAGGAACUUCAAGUGAUCACAGCGAACUGGAACAGAGUGAUUGGUCGUGGAGGCUUUGGCCCAGUUUACCUUGGCAUUCUUAGCGACAACACCAAAGUUGCCAUUAAGAAAUUGUACGCACAGAGCUCACAAGGAGCAUUGGAAUUCGUCAGUGAGGUGGAUUUACUAAGACGCCUGCACCAUCGGUGCCUUGUGAAUCUGGUUGGCUGGUGCGAUGAAGUGGAGAAGGUCUUGAUAUACGAAUACAAGGAAAAUGGCAGCCUCAGUAGCAUGCUCUACAAUAAGAAAGGUGGAGAUGCGGAAGGGAAGGUGGGUGAAUUGACAUGGAAAACGAGAUUGCAAGUAAUCCUGGAUGUAGCAAGGGGCCUCGACUAUCUUCAUCAUGGGGCAGUUCCUCCUGUCGUCCACAGAGAUAUAAAAAGUGAUAAUGUGCUUGUGGAUCACGAGUUGCAUGCUAGUGUUGCUGACUUUGGGAUCUCAAAGGCUGGAACAGUCGGAGAAAUACAGGCAACGACAGUGGUGAAGGGAACACUGGGCUACUUGGACCCUGAGUAUCAACGAACACAUGUUGCAAGCUUGGCGAGUGAUGUGUACAGCUUUGGUGUGCUCAUGCUCGAGAUAAUUGCAGGCAGGAGGCCGAUUGACCCUACCCGACCCGCUGAUGAGAUCAACCUUCAGUAUUGGGCCUUAGGCAAGCUGGAAAGGCAGGAGAUUCAGGCUAUUGUGGAUCCUCGUCUCUCAGAUUACAAUUUUGUGGAACUGCAAGGAAUACUAGAGAUUGUGAAAGACUGUCUUCGGGAGAGAAAACUUCGGCCAACCAUGCAUGAGGUUCUUCACAGGCUUGAAGAGUUGUCAGCGCAGGGAUUGAGAACGUCGAUAAAGGUGACAGAUGAUAAGGGAAAGGGUGAAGAGGCAGAAGAAGGUUCCCCUUACGAGACACGGUAUGCAUCAUCGGAUGGGUUACGGACAAGAAAUGAAUAUGAAAACGGACAUGCUUCCAAUGGGUUAUGGGUGACAAACGAAGAGACGGAGGCAGGGACUGGGAUCGCAAUUACCAACCCAGAAAUAACAGACAUGGGAAAGUUUGAUACUCGACCGAUGCCGCGAUAAAGGAGAGGUUCUUGAUUGGAACUUUGGGCAAGCAAAAGUAUGAAGAAGGAGAGGGAGGAGUUGAAGGGGUUCUGGAGGAACAACAUUCACAGUGAUAGAAUCAACAUGGAGGAUGCAUCAAAGGAAGUGGAGACGGUGGAGGUAACGAAUGGGCUUAGAGCAAGCAAUCUCUUGUGUUGCGAGAAUUGCAAAAUGGAAAACGAAAAGAAGAAGAAGAAGAAGGAGCAAUAAAGAUAAUUAAGAAUUGAACAAUGCUAGACAUGGGACUGUGAGACUGAUACGAGGCUAUGUGUUGCCAGAAUUAAGGAGAGAUGUUGGUCUAAACGACCACAAGUAUCAUCGGCAAGGAGAGGGAGGAGAUGGAAGGGGUCUAGAGGGAGGCUAUUAAUGGCGACUGAGCCGUCAUGGAGAACAACUUUAAUAUCUGAGAGAUGCUGCAUGCAAAUGAGAAUAAUAUUGUAUAAUAUAUAAGUAUAAAGAGAAAGAGAGGAUAAGGUGCACGCCAUUUACAGAAGCACAUCUUCAACCAAUGAUCUCAGGCCGAAAAAACGAAAAAGAGUGAUCCACGAAGCCCAGGAAGAGCUGUUCAGAAACAAGUAGCUGCAGAAAAAUGGCCCUUGAGCAGAGGGCUUCGGAAUCCUCAACCAAUUCAGAAAACAAAGGGAUGAACAUUGUGCAUAGAGAGGAUCUGGACGGAGAAGGAGCGGAGAGACACAACACGUCACCAAGAAAAGGGGGGAUAGAGUAGAAGGGUUUGUGGAUGAUCCCUCUCAUCUAUGGCAGUGUAUACCAUUCAGGCUCCUGGAGAUCCAAACAAACAAGCAUAGCCUGCGUAGGUGUAGAAAGGGAGGAUGAAGGAUGAGAUUGCACAGCACAGAUGGAGAGCAAGGAAUGGGCAGCAGGUUGUUGUGGACAAGAACGAGAGUUGAUUCUGACUUUGGAUUGAGAACAGUGGGAUUGGGGGCACUCUCGACAAUACUGCAGGCCUAUAGUCUUCUCUGGAGGAGUCGAGCACUCUGGAUGAUAAGCACAGAGAGUCUCACCGUCAAAGCUUGCUUCCAUCCUGUCGAGUAGUGUUACAUUGAGAUGAUGCGCUGUGUCAUCUAUGACAGCAAGAGGACUGUGAUGCUGCUGAGCUUAGAAUCAGAAAGAAUGACAACAUCGCAUUUGGAGGAAAGAAGACAAGAUGGCUUUUGUAGGGUAGAGGCCUAACUAUGACGCCAUUGAAUUUACCAUGGUGUGUAAGAAGGUGAGAGGAUUUUCUCUUUGCCAAUUUGUUUUCUCAGAAGUUUAGAAGGUUCUGCAAUGAUUCUCAAGUCAAUCACCCUCAACCUCAUGUUCUCUCCUGUGGACUGUCUCUCAGCCUCUCUCUCUCUCUCUCUCUCUCUCUCUCUCUCUCUCUCUCUCUCUCUCUCUCUCUCUCUCUCUGCUUUGGAUCGCUCCCUGAAUACAUCCACUCAGAUCAGACCCAGACCCAUAGCCGCCUUGCUUCUCUACCACUACCCUAGCUAUGGUUGCCUCCGACGCUCUCUUCUUCUUCGAGUGCGAUCUUGCCAAGGUCGCAUGGUCACACAAGAAGCAGCAGCACUUCCGCAACUUGUCCGUUGCUGCACCGUAGCAGCUAAAUAUAGGAAUUGGACUUUGCUUGGCCUGCCUCAGACCGGUACUGGUCAGCCAUGGCCUCUGUCACAAUCAUUUUGUCGGUCCAGAAGUUUCCUUGACUUUCCUGGGGCUUGCUGCAAUUUUUGUGGACUUGGGGACUGGAUUUGGACCUUCUGUACUUUUUUGUGGGGUACCGGACUGACUCUACCCUGACCUGACUUUUCCGCAUGUUUCCUAACUCGGACCCACGACGCUUCACUGGCCUAUCGGACCUACGACGCUUUACUGGACUUCUGGGGAUUUGAUGCCGGCCUUCAGGGGUCUGCAGGGUGAAAUCCUUUCAAUCCCGCCGGCCUAAUUUCGAGGCCCU